AUGAUACAGAAUGGUCAGGUGUCUUUAGAGCAGAUUGAGACAAAUUCUAUGAUUGCGGAUCUGCUUACAAAGGGUUUAACUCCUAAGAUUGUUGAGAAUAUUCAAGAUGCCACUUUUCUUGUGUGCCUGUACUCUAGCACAAAAGGUGUAGCAAUGAGGUUAGAGAGAGAGUUGGUGGGAGUAGAAGAACAGAAUUGGUCGAAGAUGAAGAGUUCUCUGAAGCAGAAGGUGCCAGAUGGAAUGAUUCUGGUGGAGGAUCUCAAGGAAAUCAAGAAGGAAGCAGAGGACAGCACAAGUAAAUGCUCCAAAUUAUGGGGCUUGUUGAUGCAGGAGAAAGGAAUAGAUCUUGGUGCAUGUUACAUCCUCAAGACUUCCAGGAUUUGCUCUGCUUUCGGGUUGUGCACCCACUUUUGCCUGAUUAGGGCACAGUGUCAUGGCGACGCAGCUGAAGUUCAGCUAAGAAAUUCAUGGCUCAACAUGGAUUUCUAA